GUUGGUGAAACCAGAUGUCUAUGGAAUGUAGAGCGUCUAUGGCCUGUGUGUUAUGUCUUUUUUUUCGCUGUUAUCCAGCACACUUUACCGAAGUAUCUCACAGACUCUUGCUUUCUUUUGUACUUCAGAUAACGCCAAACACAAAGCCCUGUGCUUUCGCGAGACUUUGAUAAUGUGUUUAAAAAAUGAGUCUGCAAAGAACACGAAGCCAAUAGGCGGUUGUUGCAUUCUAAUUGAAUCCAUGGGGCCCCAGGCCCUUGAGUUUUUAAUACACAUGCAAAAUUCGAUGUCUCACGACGGUCACUUCUGGGGGACGAAAGUUAUCACUUCGGCAACGUCUAAACUGCACUGUCUAGAAGAAAAGAGAACGGUCAAACUCAAUAAAGAGAUGUUCAAUUCCGAAGCAGUAAAAACUUCUAUUCUUACUAGUAUUUCGAAAUAUUUCAGAUUCGUGUACAAAGACAAUGGUCUGCAUGAAAGAUCAAUUUAUAUGGGUCUCGAAGGCAAUUUCUACCAUGUGAAAUUAACACAUAUUUGUCCAUGUGAUGAAUUUGAAAAAACCACAAAUUUAAGUUAUAGUUCUAACGAUCGAUUAAUCAGCGACGGCGUGGAUAUACUACUUGUACGAUAUUUGGCGCAGAUAAAUUACGAAGGGACAUUACGUUUUGAGACUAUUAACAUCGAUGGAGAACUGACUACAGUUAUUUAUGAAUGUACUUCGGCUGAACGUAUGGAAAUAGAUGGACACUUUUUAAAUGUCUACACAAUUGAAUGUAAACUACACAUGCCGAAGGGAUCUGUAGAUACUGCGAGAAUUCAUUUAACUUCAAAAGGCAGAAUACUGAGAUACAAUUGGUUGGAUUCGCCUUAUAUUGCUAAAAUUAAUCCACUGGCUGAUCCAAACAUCGCGAGUAACACACUAAGACUGGAAGCGCCAUUGAGGGAUAAUUGGUCAAAAGAUAUCGAAAUGUUGUCUAAAUAUUUAGAUAAGAAAUUUUCUAAAAUAGCUGAAUAUACCGAAUACUUAGCUGAUCAUCCACAAGUGAAACAACUGAUUAGUGAUUACACUCAAACAUUGCUAGUUGGUAAUUACAACUGGAUAAACAUUAUACCGACUAUCCUUACACAGUAUAAAUUUUUACUGGUCUCCACAGUAAAACCUGAGAAUGUAAUAGAUUUCACGAUACAACAUUUCAAAGCAUUUGCCAAAAAUCCAAUCACCUGGGAGACCAGUACGGAGAACGAGAAUUAUGACAUUGAUAUACUAUCGCAGCUGAAAAAAGAAAAACCUGAACUUGUAUGCGAUAUUUGUGGAUUCUCCAUGGACAGUAGCACGUCAAAGGCAAGCUCUUCAAGAUCUGCUGAAGCGGAAUAUUCUGAUAUUGCAAGUCUCUGUGAUUCAAUGCAAUCUGUUCAUUCGUAUGAUGUAUCUACUUCCAAAUCAUCUACAAAGAGCACAAGUUUAGAAAAAGAAUCUAGUAUACACGAGAAAGAUUCACAUUCUAAAAUUGCUUGCAAUAAAUGUCACACAAUUAUGAGAACUUGUGACAAAUAUCAACCCAUAUCAAAAUGUCCUGGAUGCCUUAAGGUAAUUAAUUUAUGUCCAAAAUGUUUCACUAUUGAUCAAAUAAUACGAAGAUUGAAGAAAUGA